CUUAUCCUCUCGCUUUUCCCCUUGUUUGCAGCUGCUCAUUCAGUCUGUAUCUGCUAUUGAAGCUUGAAGCUGAGUUGUACCGACUGUGGCUGUGCUAGCGUUUCCGGGCCCUGGCGUUCAGUUGGUAGGACCACCGAGUUUCCGCGGGUCCAAGGAGGACGCUCCGAGUCGCUCUACAACAGCUCGUCGAAUCCUACUUUGCGUUCACUCGCACGUUUAUCUCAAACAUGUCGGCCUAUGAAUCUCCAUCUGGACCACAGUCAUUAACAGCGCUCGCCGAGCAGCACCGCGCCCUGGUCGAGGAGGCCGCCGAAGCUCUACCACACCAGUUCUCACAGUGCACUUACUCCCUGGGCCCCAUCCGACAAGCUGUCUACCUCUGCUUGACCUGCGCAGUGCCAAGAGGUAUCUGCUCUGCGUGCAGCAUCGCCUGCCACACGGACCACGAGCAGCUAGAGCUAUUCCCAAAGCGUGCCUUCUGCUGCGACUGCCCGACGCGUGCCCUACCGCACGCAUGCACGCUGCACUCCACGCCCGAGGCGGAGAACGCGGGGAACGCGUACGGGCAGAACUUCCGGGGCGUGUUCUGCAGGUGUAGCCAGCCGUACGACGCGAAGAGGGAGCGGGAGACGAUGGUGCAGUGUGUCGCGUGUGAGGACUGGUUCCACGAGUCGUGUUUGAACCUGCGAGAACGACCGCCACUGCGCGAGCCCACGCCCGAAGAGCAGGCCGACGAAGACGACGGCGCGUCGAACGCGUCUUCUGAGUUGCCUCCCGGCUUGAUCACCGCGGACGACUACGAUAGCUUCGUGUGUGGCGCGUGUGUUCGCGAGAUACCGACGCUCCGACGAUGCGCGGGCACGCCAGGCGCACUCAUGGUCGUGCGUGACGCGCCUGAGCAGCCUUGGAAGGUCAUCGGGCGGGAAGAAGGCGCAGACGGCAGCGCAAUCGUGGAGGUGACGAAGAUAGAGGAGUCGGACGUGGGAGAGAAGCGCGCACGGUCACCGACUGGUGAGGGUGUGCCCAGCGCGAAGCGACCGCGCGUGUCAACAGAGCCGUCAGCGUCACCGCCGUGUCUCGCGCCACCCGAGAAUCCAGUUGCCCAGAAGGUCCUGACGCCUGCGCUGCGUCCAAAGGAGUCAGACGAGAGCAUUGUACCUGGCUCACGAAACCUAGGCACAAGCGACGUGUUCCUCACAGAGGGCUGGCGAGAGCGGUGGUGCAAGUGCCAGUCGUGCUUUUCCUCCCUACAAACACGACCAUACCUUCUCGAGGAAGAUGAGACCUACUCGCCGCCGGAGGACCCCGACUCGGGCCUCACCCUUGAGGAGCUCGGCCUGCGCGCGCUGCAGCGGCUCCCGCGUGAGCGCGCCAUAGACGGCAUCCGUGCCUUCAACGAGAUGCGGGACGACCUAAUGAAUCACCUCCGGCCGUUCGCGCAGGAGGGCAAGGUGGUAACGGAGGCGGAUAUUCGUGCAUUUUUCGACGCGAGAAUCAAUGGACAACAAGCCUCGUGACGCCUGUGGGUGUGUAUGAUACCUGGUACUGAAGGUGGGACUCGAUGGCUGCGUUCUGUACUAAGGUGGCUGGAUAUAUGGACUUGCCCGAGCUGCUGACGAACUGGCAACUCAUUUCCGUCCUCGGCGUCUUGGAGCUUUCUUACGUAUGUCGUUGGGUUCCCAAGACGAGCUUCAAAAUGAUUCGCAGCUGCAAAGCACAAUGUAGCGCUAUCACCGUGUGCGAGCCGAACAAGGCAAAUAUCUCCUGC